AUGGCUGUGAGGAGGAGAACCAGUUUCUCCGGUGUCUUCAUCGCCACCCUGCUGGCUGUUGUGCUGCUGCCAGCAUUCUUGUCUGCUGGACCGAUUGUGCAAAAGACAAAAGGAGAUGGAGAAAGUAUCCAGGAGAAGGCGGCGGCUGCAGAGUUGCACAGGAGGCUGAUCCGCAACCGCAGGAACAUCAGCUGGUACCAGCAGAACUCUGAUUUCUGGGGCUGGUACAAGUACUUCACUGACAACGGCAAUGCAGAGGCAGUUCAGGAGAUGGACCGCAUCUACCUUGCCUACCUGCAGAACAAGAACCGCGCUGAGGGACGUCGCUCCUACAAGGCCUACUUGCGCCACCUGGGGGAUAUCUACAAGUCCUGCGCCGACUCUGAUGACCCUAACUGCGUGGCUUCCUCCACCACCAGGCCCAAACCUAAGCCAGAGGCCCCCAAACCUGCACCUGUGAAAACCUGUGACCCCACCAAGGACCCGUACUGCUUGUACGCUGCUUUGGUCCAGGGCAAGAGCCCCUACCUGCCCCUGGUGCUCCCGGCAGCCACCCCUGCCCCCGCACCAGUGAAGGCCCCAGCUCCUCUGUAUGUCCGCAGCGCUGCUCCAGCCAAGGACCCACAGUCGGGGUAUUACUACUACGCUCCAUCUGCAGUGCCUCUCCUUUCCAAGGAGCAAAAGGCCGAGCUGCUGCGUAUCUGCUCCGCUGAUGAUGUGGAGUGUCUGCAGUACCACUUGAGGGCGGCCCACGGGUAUGCACCCUCUGCUGGACCUGUGCCUUCCUACGCCCACCUCGGCUGUGACCCUAAGAAAGAUCCUGCCUGCAAAGCCAAACUGGUGCAGAAAGCCCCCUCUGGUCUCUACCUGCAGUACCCCAACUGUGAUCCACGGGAUCCCCUCUGUGCCUACGCUGCCUCCCUUGUGGCUCCCCGUGCCCCUAACCCCCCUGCCGCUGCUGGCCCUGGAUCCUGCAACCCUCUUUUUGAAGAAGGCUGCAACCCUCUUACUGCCACCAGAUUUGCUUCUCCCCCACAGUCAUACAAAACAGAGGAGAAAGAGGAGGCUGCUGCUAUUCGUGCUCCUCCUGCUGCAGAGCAGAGCAGCGACCCCUAUGCCAUGUUUAGGGAUGCUUAUGCUAAUGCUAACAGAAGGCAGCAGUCCCCCUUUUCUGCCCCCACUUAUGAGGAGCCUGCCCAGGAGGAGCGCCACCCUCUGGGCCCCCCUGGUAAAACCAAGGAGGGCUACGACUGCUACAUCGGCUACGAUCGUGAAUGCUACCCUGUGAAACCCGCUCAGCCUCGUUCUGGAGUUCACCGCCGCGUGCCCUACCCCGCCGAGGCGUACGAGCCUCACCUGAAUGCCGACGGCACCCGUAAAGGAGUCAUGGAGCCAUCCAACCCACACUGUGACCCCGAGUACGACCGCGACUGCCGCCUGCGCCGCUACGAGCCAGAGCCCGAGGCCCAGCCUGAGCAUCACGCUGAGGAGGACCACAGCCAGGGGGCAGCAGAGGUGGAGCAGCAGCAGGAGCAGCAGGAACAGGAGCAGUACGAGGCGGAGCCCUACCAGAGCGGCCAGGAGGAGCCUCACAUGGGCUACCAGCAACUCUCACAGGGUAUGCCCAGCCUCCAGGACAUACUGAGGCGCUACGGGGACGCGUUCCCCGAGCAGGAUGAUCACAGAGCUUACGCAGACGACUACCGCAAGAAAUAA